AUGGGGAAUUGCAUGGAGACAUGUUUAUUACAAAGAGAAGAAGAAUUAGAGGAUCAAAUUGUUCAUGAACAAAAAAUGGAGGGUGAAAUUGUAAAAGCUAAAGAAAAUGUGGUGGAGAAAAAUAAUAUUAUGAGAAUGAAGAUGGUUUUGAGUAAAGAAGAAUUGGAAAGUUUAUUGGUUCAAUUGAAACAUAAUGAAGGGAAAAAUUUAGAGGAAUUAUUGGGAGAAAUUGAAAUGGAAGGAAGAAGAAAAGAAAAUAAUACAAGUGAUUCUAAGUGGAAACCAUCUUUAGAAAGUAUUAUAGAGAGCCCAGAAAUUCAAGAGAUGAUGGAUAGAGCAUGA